UGUGAAUAUGUUGGCAGUGAUUGUCGUCAGACGUCAUACAAGUCUUUACUGUUAUUAUUGUUGUUAUUGUUGUCGUCGUUUCGUUUGUUAUAAUCAUUAAUUGAUUUCAAUUUACUAAACAAUCAGUGGUUUUAUCAAUGAUAUAAAGAAUUGAAUUGUUUUUUAGUUUCAUUUAUAACAAUGAGUGCAACCGCCGGAUCAUCGGCCAGCACUUCGGCGGUCACCGACAAACGGGCCGAACGUAUGAAACGUUUACGUGAAUUACAUCAAAAACGGAACGAGGCGAGUGUUUUGAACCAUAAAGAAGUGGUCGAAGAAAAUAAAAGAUUUCAAUUGCCCGACAAUUGGCAGAAGAAACAAGAGGUGGCACAGUAUAGGCUGAAUGAAGAGUUGGCCAAAGAUAAGGCCCGCGAAAUAGGAGAAGACUACGAACGAAACAAAUUAUUGGAUAUACAGGCGGAUGACUCGGAACGUUGGCACCGAAAACGUGACGCCAAACACAAUCCCGAUCCGGGUUUCAGUGACUUUGAAGCGGCCACUGCUCGACAAUACAAUAGACUGACCAAACAAAUGAAACCCGAUUUAGAGGAAUAUCAGAGAAAUAAAGAAAAGAUGGGCAAAGACUUGUUUUAUGCCAAUCAGAAUACACUGAUUCACGGACAGCAUAAAGAUUCAAAAGAAGCCAUCGAUAGGAUGGUCGACGACCUCAACAAUCAAAUUGAAAAGAGAUCCAAAUAUAGCCGACGGCGACGUUUUGAUGACGACGCGGACAUCGAUUAUAUUAAUGAAAGAAAUAUGAAAUUCAACAAAAAGUUGGACCGAUUUUAUGGACAAUACACUCAAGAGAUCAAACAAAAUCUCGAAAGAGGAACAGCUGUUUAAAUAUACAAUAUACCAUUGCUUACUAUUUGUUGCUUUUUGA